AGGACAGAAACUGAGUUCUGUGAGUCGAGUGUUGCCUCUUGCAAAGAGGGAGUGCCGAUCUGGUGCCAGCGCCCUCAUCUUGACGAUGAACCAUUUUGUUUUGAUGAAGCGGAGGCUGGUGUGUUGGACAAGGUAGAACUAUUUGACUUUAUGUGUCACAAGCAUCUGGACCUUAGUCUCAGUCCCAACGUCAACUUCAUCCUGGGACGGAAUGGAAGUGGUAAGAGUGCAAUCAUGACUGGGAUAGUAGUGGCUCUGGGUGGCAAGGCACGUAGCACUGAGCGGGGCUCCUCUCUCAAGCAGUUUAUUCGAACUGGGGCUAGUAACUCGAAGGUGUUGGUGCACCUGAGGAACAGAGGUCAUGAGGCGUACAAGCCUGAGGAGUAUGGAGACACAAUCAUCUGUGAGAGAGUCAUCAAGGAAGAUGGAACCACUGCCUACAAGAUAAAGUCAGAGAACGGAAAGUUGAUUUCCAAUAAGAAAGAAGAGCUGAUGGCCAUCACAGACCACUUUAACAUCCAAAUUGACAACCCAGUGUCCCUACUCGACCAGGACACUUCUCGUAACUUCUUCCACAACUCCAAACCCACGGCCAUGUACAAACUCUUCAUGAAGGCCACUCACCUCGAGCAGAUCGCCAUUGACCACAAACGUUCUAAGGAAGAACAGGCAAUCAUGAUGAUAAAAAUAAAAGAAAUGGAAUUGACACUUCAGUUACAAAGAAAUGAGGCCAAAAAGCUUGAGGAGGCAGUGGAGUCAUUCCAGAGAUUCACUGAGAUGGAAGACAAGAUUGAGCAGCUGGAAAAUGAGCUCAAGUGGGCCAUUGUUGUGGAAAUGGAGGCAAUUCUCCCCCCAAUUGAGGCUGACAUUGAUAAAGAGAGAGAAAGAAUCCCUAGGAACGAAGGAAGAGCAAAAACUGCACAGGAUGUCAUGAGCUCAGCCAAACAGGAGGUGAGAGACACCAACAAGGAACUCACUGAACUCACCAAGGAGAUAAACCAGCUCAGUGAAGAGCGUAGUGCAAUUGCUAAUAAGAAGAGAAAGAAGAACCAGAAAUUCUGUCAAAGUGAUGGUAUUUUGAAGCAGAUCGGCAAAACAAUUGGCGAUGCCUUGAAGGAGAAAGCAGCUUUGGAGAAAGCCAAGCAGGAGGCUAUCUUAUCGUGGGUCGUGAACAAAGAGAUCUCUACAGCCGAGACAGAGAAGUCUCAGUUCCAGGCUGCUCAGAGGAGGGCAGAUGAGUUAAUCCAGUCUCACAGGUACCGGUGUGUCAGUGUGUAUGUCUCCAAUGUUUUACGUGAUUCUCACAGAGGUAAAGAGGGUAAUAUGCAAGGUCAGGUACAGACAUGCGAAUCACAGUUGAGGAGACUCAGAUCCAGUCGCAGUGACAAAAUGGUUGCAUUCGGAGAUGACAUGAGGACGUUAGUAAAUGAGCUUCAGCGAAACAAGAGACAGUUUCGGAAGGUACCCAAAGGACCAAUCGGAUCAAUGAUUCAAGUGAAAGACCCCAAGUGGUGCACAGCAAUUGAACAGGUGGUCAAAUUUAAUACCCUCAAGGUAUUUGUAGUGGACAACCAGCAAGAUGCGAAAAAAUUUCGAUCCAUUGCUGAAAGAGUUGUGAGAAAAGGGCCGAUUCCUGAAGCCAUUAUAUCUCGUUUCCAGGACACUGUGUAUGAUGUCAGGCGUAAUCAUGCCCAGUCCUCUUACCCCGCUGUGUUUGACAUGCUGGAUGUGUCAGACUCGGAUGUGAUGAACAUGCUCAUUGACCAGUUCCAUGUUGAGAAUGUGCUCCUGAUCGAAGAAAGAGAGACAGCUAAUCGAAUCAUCACACACGUGAAGCCCCACAAUGCAAAGUCUGCGUACACAUCGAACCUCCAUUCAGAUGCCUGGAUGAGUUUGAUGUAUUUAUGGAUAUGGAUAACCGCAAAAAAAGUAUUGAACUUUUUAUGAAUGAAGCAGUUUGUAACAGUACCAAACAGUUCUUAUUUUUUACGCCACAAGACAUGAGUUCCAUGGGAGUGACUGGUAGCAAGAUGGUGAAGGUACUGAGACUGCAGGAGCCAGUCAGAGGUGGACAGGCAACUCUCGAUCAACUAAACUAGCUCAUUGUGAAUCAACUCUUCCCCCCUUGCCAUAACAUUAAUUAUUUUUCAAAGAUGUUCGUUCAUGAAAACUGUGUAUAUUAAUUGUUUGUGUUAAUUCUCAAUAGGCUUGUGUUAUUCAUGCAUACUACAGUUUCAGACACUUCCAAUAAU